AUGCUGCUUAAGACGGUUCUGGGCUUUGUAGCCACUGCAGCUGCUCAGCUUACUGCCAUUGAUCAUACCAAGGCUCUAGUAACCAGAGAACAUCUUCAAGCGGGAACAGAGCGUAUCUCUAACAGAGACUUCAGCGCCAUCAGGUUCUACUCCCAGCAUGCUGCCGCCGCAUACUGCAAUUUUAAUGCCGCUCCAGGCACGCGGAUUACGUGCCAAAAUAACGCCUGUCCACUUGUCAUGCGAAAUCAGCCUGUUGUGGUGGCGUCGGCCAUUGGCGACGCCCUCGGAGUCGGCGCGUACGUAGCUGUUGAUUAUGUCCGCAGGGAAAUUGUCCUUUCCUUCCGUGGCAGCAACAAUAUUCGCAACUUCAUCGCUGACCUUGCCUUUGCCUGGAGCGACUGUAACCUCACACAGGGAUGUAAACUCCAUACCGGCUUCGCUCAAGCCUGGUACGAUAUUAGUGACGCCAUCACCAAGGCUGUGAGAUCUGCUCGCUCAAGUAACCCGAAUUUCAGGGUCGUGGCCACUGGGCACUCUCUCGGGGCCGCUGUCGCAACUCUCAGCGCAGCCUACCUUCGUCGCGACGGUCUCGCCGUUGACCUGUACACAUAUGGCUCCCCGCGGGUCGGUAAUAAAAACUUCGCAACAUGGUUCCUUACACAACGGGGCGUCCAAUGGCGCGUCACUAACGGGGAUGACCCUAUUCCCCGUCUUCCUCCUCUCGUCUUCGGCUAUAACCACAUUAGCCCAGAGCUCUGGCGGCCGGGCGGCGAUGUCCAGACCGUGUGGCAACCCUCAACGACGGCCAUCUGCAAGGGCGUUGAUAACACCGAUUGUAACGGCAGUGGUCUUUCGCCGGACCCCUGGGCCCAUCGGAACUACUUUGGCAGCGUGGAUGCCUGCGCUGGUUCUUCGUUGACUCUGAGGGAUGCCCGGGGACUGCCUGAGGACCUCAUCAACCGCCUUACCGAUUGGAGUCGACAGGACCGGCAGCUUUCGGGGAGUCUAGGGCAUCACGGCGAUGUGGAAUUCUUGCUGAAACCUUUGGACGAAUCCCCGGCUUCGGCACCAGGGAAGCAUGAGUAUACGAUAGUAUAG